AUGAACGAUGAAAUGUGUGCAAAAGGAAAUUUGCAUGUUGGAAAAUUACGAAACAUAAAGGAUGACUAUGGAAAUGAAAAUAAUGGAUAUAAUUCUUAUGAUCCAUUAGAUGCAAAAAUUCAAACUCGAGAAAAUGAUGAUUUAGAAACAAAUGAUUCUAUAUCUAGACAAUCCGUAAAUGAUUAUGAUUGCUUAGAAAAUUCAAAUAAUGAUAUAUAUAUAAAACAAGGAAAUAUUAGAAAUAGAGAAAAUGCAUCAAAAAAUGAUGAAGAAAACUUUAAUUCAGCUAUUAAUAAUUCAAAAAUUAAAGUAUUUAAUAUGAAUUAUAAAAAUAAUUAUAACAAGCAAUAUGAAGAAUCAUAUAUUGCAUGUAAUAAUGCAAAGAAUAAAAUAUUUGAUGAUGAUGCUGACGAAUAUGAUGAAGAUAAUGAUGAUGUUAAUGAUAAUAGAAAAAUAGAUUCCAAAAGAAGUAACAUAAAUCAACAAAAAUCAUCUCAAAAUAUUUCAAAUAGUAAUGAUAGCAAAAAUGAUAUAAUUUUAAAAUAUCAAGAAAAUUAUGAAGGGAUAAAUAUGAGAAAUGGAAGUAAAAUUCGAAUUAUUAAUAGGGAAGAGAUCAAUGAAAAUAAUUCAAAAUAUUAUGAUGAAUAUUCAGGACAAUAUGACAAUGAUAUUUCUUAUGAAAUGAAUCAAAAAAGCAAUAGUUCACAAUAUAGAAAUAAUAACAUAGACUUAUCAAAAAAUGGAAGAAAUAAAAAAAAAAAAACUAAUGAUAAUACAUAUUACUAUGGCGAGGUGAAUACAGAUGUGUAUAAUAUAAAAAAAAGUACAAAUAUUGAUAAAUUAACAAAAAAACAAUUAAUAGCAUAUAUAAAAAAUAAUUCACGAGAAGACGGUGAUGAAAUUACUAAUAAUAUGAUGCAAUUUGAUGAAAAAAAUGAAAUGAAUCAAAAUUUUAUUGAAGCAUUACGAGAAAAUUGCGCAAACAAUGAACAUAAUUAUUCGGAUGAUUUAUAUUUAUUUAAUCAAAAUUAUUCUUAUAAAAAUAAUGGAAAUAAUAUAAUUAAUGGUAAAAUUAUAAAUGCGCGAGAAAAAAAAAAAAGAAAUCGAUUUUCUACAUUUUCUUCUACAAAUAAUAAUAACAAUAACACUGAUUAUAAUGUAUUGAAUAGAGUAGAUGAAGACGGACAAUUUCAAAACGAUCAUAUCCCUAGUGAUAAUGAUGAAGAUAUGCACACUAAUAUAUAUGAUAGUAAUAAAUUUGUAAAAAUACAUAAUAAUAUAAAUCGUGCAGAAGAAUUAAAUGAUAUAGACAGUAUACAUACAGCUAAUAUAAAAAGCGAAAUUAUGAGUAAAGAUUUAAAAAAAAAAAAUAAAAUGAGUAUUAAUAAUUCAAAUGAGAAUAUUAUAAAUGAUAAAAUAAUAGGUAGAAUUAUAAAUAAAAAUGGCAUAAACACAAAUUUUGAAACAAAUGAAAAUAAUGUUGCAGAUAACGUAGUCAGUUCUGAAUUUGUAUAUAAAAUGAAUAUGGAUGGAAGAAAUAAUAAUGGAUAUAUAAAAGAAAAUAAUACACGCAUAGAUGAUGAGAGUGGAGAAUUGAUGCAUGAUGUAAAAGGCUAUGAAUCUGGUGAUAUAUGUAAUAGUAAUAAUACAAAAUUUCAUGAAUUAAUAAAAAAUGAUAAAAAAAGAAAAGAAUAUAUAUCUGAAAUGAAAAAUAAAGAAAACAUUUUAAAUAGUAAUAAUGAAAAUUACUUUAAAUUACACUCAAAUUUACCAAGUAAUUUAUUAAGUACUAGUACAAGUAGCAGCUACAGCAAUGAUAAUGUAAAAACAAAUACUCAGAAUUAUAGUAUAAAUGAAUUAUCUUCAAAUGCAUUUACUAAUAAAUAUUAUGGUGAUGAAACGUUACCAAGUAAUUUGAAUAUAAAUGAAGAAUUGAAUAAAACACACACAAGUUUUAAUUCUAUGCCAUUUGAUAAAAAAAAAAGAGGAAAAAGCGAAAGCAAAAAAUUUGCUAUAAAUUCAUAUAAUAACACAUUUGAACCAAAUUCAAAUACCAUUAGCUAUAUGAAUAUGAAAGAAAUUAAUAACGAUUUAAUAAAUGUAAAAAGAUUAAAGCACAUGAACAAGGAAAAUAGGAUAAACAUGGAUGAUACACUAGACACCAGUAUUAUGUUUGAUGAUGAAUAUCUAACCAAUGAAAUAGAAAAUAAAAAAAAUAUAAAUCUCAAUAAUACUAAUUCUAAUAUGAUUAGAACUAAUACUCAGAAUUUUAAUUCAAACUUAAAUCCCAAAAAUAAAAUUCAUGAUGAUGAUAUGAUAUCCCAUGAUGAAAGCAAAUAUAAUAGACGAAUAAAUAAAGCAGGGAAUAAUUCAUAUAUUUUAAGAAAAGAUAAUACUUGUGAUAUUAAGAAUAAUAAUAUAUUGUGGCAAAAUGAUGAUGAAAUAUGUGCACAAAUGGAAAUGGGAUAUAAUGAAAAAAUAAAUAAUACUUCCGUGAAUAAAUAUAAAGCUGGAAAUAUAAUGGGUAAUAAUAAAGAUGAUGAUGAGAAAUUCGAACGAAGUAUAUUAUUUAAAAGCAAAAGCUAUAGUGAAAAGGAUAAACUUGCAAAUCUUUAUUUAAAUAAAAAAACAUCUGUUUUCUCUGAAUGUAAUGAUGAUGAGUAUGAUCAAGAAAAUACAACAAAGAAGCAUAAAUUACAAAACCCAAGUUAUAUUCAUAGUAAUGAUAAUAAAUUUUUAUUAAAUAGAACAAAAAGUCUAAAUAUGGAUCUAAAUAGAUUGACAAAAGAUCAAGAAGAAUAUGAUAUUAAACAAAAUGGAGACGAUAAUCAUAUUAAUUCAUAUUCUAGUAGAGAAAAUAAUAGAGAUGAUGGUAUGAUUAAUGUUACUGAAGAACAUAUGUUAAAUUCAAACCCUCUUGGAUCUGAACCUCCAUUAGGUGAAAUGCUUAAUUUACCAAAAGUAGGAAAUAGAAAAAAAUACGGUUUAAUAAAUAAGGUUGAAAAAGAAUGUAAUGAAAACGAUGAUCAAGAGAUUGGACUGUCAAAUGAUUUGUCAAAUCCAAUUCAUGGAAAUCUUAUCAACGGCCUAAAUGCCGAGGUGCAUAAUGAUACAAAUAACGAUCCAGUGGAUGAUAAUAUAAAUGAAGUGCAUAAUGCCAUGAGCAGUAAUAAAUCAAGUAAUAGUAUUUCUAAUGAAAGAUCCAGCAAUAUUGUUUCAAGUUCCAAACCCCCAAUUGAUAUAAGUGUGUGCACAUUGGCUAAUUGCCCAACGCAUAACCCUCAAGGUUAUACUAAAACUUUAUCAAGAAAAGGAGAUGCGCAAGGAGAUGCACAGGAAGAAAGUGAAGAAUUGAAAAGAAUACCAGGAGUAUAUUAUGAUAAAAAUUCACAAAGAUGGUUUGGUGAACAUAAAAUAAAUGGUGUUAAAUGCGCUCAGAGUUUUGCUGUGAAAAAACAUGGAUGUGAAGAAGCAAAAAGAUUAGCUAUUGAAUGGAAAAAGGCUAGAAUUAGAGGAGAAGCAUGGGAUAGAUUUGUAAAUAAAAAGAAAAAGAGUAAUAAUAAUAAUAGUUGCAUAAACAAAGCAGCAAAAACUAAUAGGGAAUCAGUAGAAGAAUUAAGAAUAAAAUAUUUAUCUAUGAGCAAAAAUAUGCCAAAAGUUAGAGGAGUAUGGUUUAAUUCGACACCACAAAGAAUGGGAUGGGUAGGACAAGCAUAUAAAAAAUGUAAAAGAAUUGAAAGAAUUUUUUCAGUUAAUAAGUAUGGAUUUGAAGGGGCACGGAAACUAGCUAUUGCAUUUAGAAAUUCACAAAAACCAUCUAAUGAAGAUAGUGAUGAAGAUAGUUCAUCAAAAGAUGAUAAAGGAAUUUCUAAAAAUGAAGAUAACAUAAAUAAUUAUGAUUACAAAAAUAAUUAUUCCAAUGAUAUAAGUGAUAUAAAACACGAUAAUAAUAAUAAUAAUACCCAUAGUAAUAACAUGGCUGCUAUGUCUACUGCUGAUACAACUUCAAGUAAUCAUAAUAAAAACGAAGAUGACUAUGAUGAUGAUAAUGUUAAUUGCAAUGGGGAUAAUAUAAAAAAUUCUGGCACAAAAGAUACAAGAAUAAAUUUAUGUAGAGAUGCUAUAUUAUUUAUCUUACAUGAUUUAGAGACUAUAUUAGAAUUAAACACGCCUAUGCUAAAUAAAAACGCGAAUAUAUAUAAAGUAUGCAUAAAGCACCAUUUAAAUUAUUUAACAUUAAUAAAACAUGAAGAACAAAUUAUUCCCUAUUUAAACGUUUUUGGGGAUUAUAUACAAAAAUGUAUUUUACCAACUGAUUUACCAUAUGCUGAACUUUAUGUUCUCAUUGAUUCAUUAAUUCAUAGUGAUAUAUUGCCUUCAUUUGAUCAUAAAGAAAAUUUCUCCGAAUAUUCAGUUGCCGAAGAUCCGGGAAUCAUAACUCCAUCAAUGUUGUUAUGA